AAUAAGAAUGAUGAGAGGGUAGAGUCUAUAGGACCACCACCAUCCCACUCUAUUCUCAGAACCUUCACUCCACUAUGGAAUUCGCAUAGCUAGAAACUAAAAUCCAACCAUUGUUAUUCUUCUGCGGCAUUGAAUCGAACCCUAUUUUGGAUCUCAAAUAUACCAUUUAGAAUUCAAACCCUAAUUUUAGAGAAAUGGCGGAGGGUAGAAGCGACGGGGAAGAAGAUGACCCAAAUGACAUCGUCCCUACUUCUCUCACACUCACGCCCGAAACCAUAACAUCUCCGCCGCCGCUUCCGAUUCUUCCGUUUGAUGUUCUGACUGACAUUCUCUGUAUGCUUCCGGUGAAAUUACUCGUGCAGCUUCGGUGCCUUUGUAAGUUCUUCAAUUCACUUAUUUCUGAUCCUAAAUUCGUAAAGAAGCAUCUUCAAUCGUCAACUAAGCGCCGCCACCUUAUGCUAACAACUAUUGAUCAUCAACAACAGUUUGUUAUGUAUGAUUCUCCAAUCCCUUCGCUUUUUUCUACUUCAACCAUUGUUGCACAAACACAACUUUACCCUCCUAAUGGAGAUACCUACGCAUCAGUGAAGUGCUCUUGCGAUGGCAUCUUUUUGGGUAUGUUCUCUCAUACUUCUUAUUUCUUGUGGAACCCUUCCAUUAGAAAGUUUAAGUUAUUGCCUCCAUUGGAAAAUCAAGACAAAAGUGCUCCUUUUACCAUAAUUGUUCCUUAUACCAUAAGCUUUGGGUAUGAUUGUUUCAUUGAUAAGUAUAAGGUCAUUGCUGUUUCUUCCAAAAAUGAAGUUUUUCUUUAUACUUUAGGGACUGAUUAUUGGAAAAGAAUAGACGACAUCCCAUAUUAUUGCACAAUCUGUAGAUCGGGAUUAUAUGUCAGUGGUGCUGUUAAUUGGUAUGUACAUGAUGAAUCAGAUAGUUCUUUGUACUUCAUUCUUUCUCUUGAUUUAGAAAAUGAGUCAUAUCAAGAGCUUUACCCACCUGAUUUCGAGGAUGAGUCAUAUUCCUGGACAUUGGGUGUGCUGAGUGAUUACUUGUGUGUCUUUGCAACUAGUGAUAUGUUUUUGAAUGUUUGGAUUAUGAAGGAAUAUGGAAAUCAAGAGUCUUGGACUAAAUUGUGCAGUGUUCCUGACAUGCACGAUCACGGUUUCCAAGCAUCUGCCGCUGUAUAUAUUUCUGAGGAUGAUCAACUGCUCUUGCAGUGUUACGAGUUUGACAGUGGCGAGGAGAAGUUGGUUGUCUACGAUUCCAAAACUGGUAUUUUUAAUAUUCUUGAGUUUCAAAACAACUAUGAACAUAUAUCCCAAAAAGUCUACAUUGAGAGUUUAAUAUCACCUUAAGCUGGGAUUCAACUGCAACAUAUACAUGGCUGGUUGUGUUUGUUCGUUUCAAUAGAAGGGUUAUUCUCUAUCUGGCUGAAUUGCUUCGGUAUCUUGUGGUCUGGAGCGGUGCUGAAGAUGGCCGUGAAAAAGGGUAGUAGUUUUAGGGUUGUGGAAUCCCCAAGUUCAUUUUGAUUAUUUAUUAUGGUGUAAACCUUGAUGAGGUGAAAAAACUAUAUGUUCUAAAUAGAUAGGCUAAACUUUUCUCGGGCUGUAUUAUAAUAUGUUGUUUGUAAGAAAAUACAAUCUUCAAAGUGUAAUAUGUUUGACUUGCAUGUUUCACCGUGUUAUUCUUGUUCUA